AUGUUUUGGACUAUUUUACUAUCGUCGAUCACAAUAUUUAUCAUUACAAUCUAUUUUUAUAUCAAAUGGAAAUACUAUACACUACGUGGUUCAGUUCCGGGUCUAAAACCUGAAUUCUUAUUUGGUAAUCUUCGUCAACUCGACAUUAUUGCAUCAAAUGGAGAACAAAUCGAUACUUACACUCAUGGUUGUGAUAAAAUGCAAAGAAAAUUUGGAGAUAUAUUUCAAUUUUGGAUGGGUGCCACUCAUUUGUAUAUAUUUUGUCGACCUGAACAUGCUGAACAAAUUUAUACAGACCAUUGUCGAUUCGAUCGUGCUGAUAUGCGUGUAAACACAUUUGGAUUAAUAGCGGAGAAUUUUAUUAUUUCACUUACUAGUUCAAAAUAUAAACGACAUGCUAAAGUAAUUCUACCUAUGUUAAGAAAGAAUAAGUUUCUAUCACAAAUUUCGAUUAUCAUCAAUUGUGUUGAUCAAUUAAUUCAUAUUUGGAAAAUUCGAUAUGAAAAUCAAGAUGACAUUAUAUGUACAUGUCUAUUGAGUGAUAAUCAACAUUUAAUGUUAGAUACGUUCACACUUCUUACGUUUGAUUAUGAUUUAGGUAAUUUAAAAUAUUUAGCCAAAGAAGCAACACGAAUCAAUCCACAAGAAAAAUAUCAACCAUCCGAAUUUGGUCAAGCGUUACUAAUUUGGCUUGAUACAUUGAAACGUAUCACCAAGAAUGGUUUACCAUAUAUCGUCAACUAUUAUUUAUUGAAAUUUGAUCGAAAGUAUCAAAAUGCAUUGAAAAAACUUGAAAAUCAGGCAGAAAAAAUUAUUUCAAAAUGUCAAAUGGAAAUGUAUCCAAAUGAUAAACCUGUUAAUUUGAUCGCAUCAUUAGUAUCAUCAUUACAAACAGAUGAAACAUUAGAAAGAACCAAAAAUGAAGCCGAACAAAGAGGAAUCACAAAAAAAGAAUUAUUGGAUGAAGUAUUAGGAUUUAUUGUGGCCGGUUUUGACACAACAUCAAGUAUUCUAUCUUGGUUCAUGUAUUAUGUAAGUAAAAAUUCUGAAGUUCAAGAAAAAAUAAAACAAGAAUUGAAACAAUAUAAUAUUACAAAAGAUACAUUAUUGAAUGAUUUGAAUCUACUCGAUCAAUGCGAGUAUAUUGAUUGUGUCAUCAAAGAAACAUUGAGAUUAGCACCACUUGCCAUUGGUGCUUAUCGAACAGUCACUGACGAUGUUACAAUUGAUGGAGUAAAUAUUCGUAAAGGAGAAACAGUUGUAUCGGCAUUUUCUUUGAUGCAACGUGAUCCAAGAUAUUGGACAUUAGAUCCAAAAAAGUUCAUUCCAGAGAGAUUCUUUGGUAAUGCUGCACCUGAUGCUAAUCAUCAUCCAUUUGUGUUUUGUCCGUUUGGUGGUGGACAUCGCGUUUGUGCUGGACAAGACUUAGCACGAUUAGAACUAAAAUUAAUCAUUAUUCGAUUGAUGCUAUUCGUCACUUUUGUUGAUGCACCCGGAAACAACGGUGGUUGUCGUCAAACGAUGAGUGUUACACCAAAAGAAGUCGCAGUUUAUAUCAAAUUCGAUUGA